AUGAACGAUUUGCAAGAAGUUAAUCCAUAUCCUUAAUUUGAUGAACAACAAGAAUCAAAUCACUAGAUUGAAGAACCCACAGCCUCCUAGGCAAUUCCAGUCAUUCAAUAAAAUAUUGUUAUAGACAAUAACACUUAAGCAAGAACCAUCGGAGAAGCUUCAAGUGAAGAGAGAAAGCAAUUUCUUACUCAGAGUCUGAGAGCCUUGUUGGUGUAACAGAUGUUCCAAUUAUCACUGGCCAUGAGUUUUGCUUUUGUCGAAGAGUGGGGAUUCUGUAGUAAUUUCUUCCUUUUCCUCUUCUUCACAUUGAGUCUACAUUUAUUUAUAGCCACAUACAAAGCAAGGGGGUUGAAGAAAGAAGAAGGAGUGAUGAAGUUGUAAUGGCUGGGCUGGAUGGUAUGCUAUUCGUUUGCAACAACUCUAUUUUCGACUUUGUUGAAUGUAUUGUACUUGGGAUGGUUCUUUUAUUUGCCAUUCCUUACGAUGGCCUUCUUAUUUCCUAUGAUAACCCUGGGAAUGAUUAUCCAUCUUUCAUCUGGGAGUGCAUGCAUAAGUGUGAAAUAAUACUCAAUAAUAUUCUUUGUGGCAAUCUUCUUUAUAGACCUAAGUAUUUCAGUAUUUGACGACGGAUUCAUUCAUUUUGGAUACCUGUUAGGAGAAGUUGUUGCAUAUCUUUAUGGAUUAUAUUUAGCAUUCAUAAAUGUUUAAAUUUAAUAUCCAGUCAAUGACUUGUCUCUCAACAUUCAAUAGGAGGAAACCAAGUUGGAUCAAAUGAUUAACUUCCUUGACAGAGGAACAUAAAAAUUUGAAUUGGGUGCUAUUCCAGCUGAGGCUCAGGAGAUCACAAUGGAAGAGAUCAAGAAAUAGAGUAAUGCUGAGAGAUUGCUUAAAUUGGCCAUCUUGUAAUCCUUCUGCAUAGUGUUCUAUUUGUUCCCAUGGUUGUAUUUUACUUUGGUGAUUUGGGUGAUGAUGGUGGCUCACAAGGCAGACACAAAGUUUGUGCAGAUUGGCAAGAAACAAGAGGUCAAAUUGAAUGAACAAUUUGUUGCACCAAUAUUAAUCAACCUAGACAUAUUGGGAGGAUUGAAACAUGCAAUAGAAUGA